AUGCAAAUUCCAAGUAUGGCAAACACAAUCCAGAACGUGAUUGUGGUCGGGGCUGGCGGCACCAUAGGUCCUGUUUUCAUAUCUAAACUUCAGAAUGCAGGGUUUAAUGUUUCAGUCCUUGCUCGUGAGACUUCUAAAGCUACUUAUGCACCCAGUAUCACUGUCCAUCGGACAGACCUCAGUCAUUUAUCUCUUGUAAAGGCUUUUGAGGGAAUCGAUGCCGUCGUCUCCGCGGUCGCAACUUUCAACGUCUCUGAUCAAAUCGCCAUGAUCGAUGCCGCGGUUGAGGCAAAAGUGAAGCGUUUUCUACCAAGUGAAUAUGGCGGUGAUGCCUCGUUGCCUGAUCUUGAGAACAUUGCUCCAUUUGCAGUCCAGAAAAAAAAUAUUAUUGAAUACCUGAAAACAAAAGAGUCGCAGGGCCUUUCUUGGACCGCGAUCAGCGUUGGAGCGUUCUUCGAUUAUCUUUUCGGAUACGGUCAUGGCCUGAUGGGCUUUUACUUUGACGACCCGAAAGUUCAGUUAUUCGACCAGGGCGUUAGACCUCUCGACGCCACUACUAUGAAUCAAGUCGGUCUAGCGGUCGCCGCAACUUUUCAACACCUUGAGGAGACAAAAAAUAAGCGGAUAUAUGUCAAGUCGUUUUCUGUUUCUCAGGCUCAAAUUGUCGACACCUUUGAGAAGCUUUCAGACAAAAAGUUCAGAAGAACUGAUGGAAGUGUUAAGGAAUUGAUUGCCGUUGGUAAAAAGCAUAUAGAAGAAGGAAACUGGGAUCUUGGAUAUCCAGAAUCAGUCACAGCAGCCCUCUACUCGGACACGGGCUUUGGCUACUCUUCAGGACGCGCAUCUGAGUGGAAUAAAACACUAGGUCUGCCUGAAGAAAGCUUAGAAAUCUGUGCUAAAGAGAUUUUACAAAGCAAAGGUUGGAUUUAG